AUGGGAGUACCACAGGGGUCCAUACCCGAACUUCUGUAUAUCAGUGACCCGCCGUUAAGUUGUCCAGGUGUCAGCUGCCAGAUGUAUGCUGAUGACACUGUCAUCUAUGCAUCUGCUAAUGGCCUUGAGUUGUCCCACUUAACCCUGAAUGUCAAGAAAACAAUCUCUAUGUGUAUCUCCACUCGGAACAAGCCUGUCAAUAAUAUGUUUGAGGUCAAGAUUAAAAAUGAAACGAUCGCAAAGGCAAUUAUUUACUUAGCUGAUGUAUUUAAAGGACGGAGCAGCCUCCUCAUUGACACUUCAUCAGUCAGCUGGCGCCUGAACAUCUCUAUCUUGACUUCCAGACAUCCAGCAUCGUCACUAUUCUCCAUCUUCGCCAUCAUCAUCAUCAUCAUCUUCAUCAUGAAGGCUCUCCUGAUUCUGUCUGUUUUGCUCAGUGGUGUACUCGUGGCCACGGCUGCAGCAGUUGGAGCUGCUGAAGUUGCACCACAGGAGCUGGAAGGACAGAAGGACAACCAACUGGUAGAAAAUGAAGCUGCAGUUUUCGUUCCUGAAGUGGUAAAAAAUGAAGCUGCAGGUUUCGUUCCUGAAGUUAAAGAAUCUGUGGAGGUUUCUGCUGGGGAGGUGGCCUCACCAGCCCAAGUUGGAGCUGCUGAAGUUGCACCACAGGAGCUGCAGAAGGACAACCAGCUGGUAGAAAAUGAAGCUGAAGUUUUUGUUCCUGAAGUUAAAGAAUCUGUGGAGGUUUCUGCUGGGGAGGAGGCCUCACCAGCCCAAGUUGGAGCUGCUGAAGUUGCACCACAGGAGCUGCAUGAGGACAACCAGCUGGUAGAAAAUGAAGCUGAAGUUUUUGUUCCUGAAGUGGUAGAAAAUGAAGCUGAAGUUUUUGUUCCUGAAGUUAAAGAAUCUGUGGAGGUUUCUGCUGGGGAGGAGGCCUCACCAGCCCAAGUUGGAGCUGCUGAAGUUGCACCACAGGAGCUGCAUGAGGACAACCAGCUGGUAGAAAAUGAAGCUGAAGUUUUUGUUCCUGAAGUUAAAGAAUCUGUGGAGGUUUCUGCUGGGGAGGAGGCCUCACCAGCCCAAGUUGGAGCUGCUGAAGUUGCACCACAGGAGCUGCAUGAGGACAACCAGCUGGUAGAAAAUGAAGCUGAAGUUUUUGUUCCUGAAGUUAAAGAAUCUGUGGAGGUUUCUGCUAAGGAGGUGGCCUCACCUGUCCAAGGACGGUUCUUCUCAUGUCCCUCUGGUUGGAUCAGAUACAAGGGCGACUGCUAUCAGUUUGUGGCCUCCAGCAGAUCUUGGACCAGUGCUGUGACCAACUGUGCCAGUUCCGGGGCCUCCUUGGCUUCGGCCCAUGAUGUGUUCGAUUACAGUUUCCUGCAGGAUCUCACCAGAGGAUCAGGAUAUACUACUGCUUGGAUGGGAGGAUUCUACUUCCAGGGCUGGAGAUGGUUGGACCAGAGUACCUUCAGCUACUCCAACUGGUAUUCACAAAACUCAGCCACUUCUUACCCGUGUAUCUACCUGAGAACCACAGGGGGAUGGACCAAUGCUGUAUGCACUGCUACAUAUCCAUUUAUCUGCAUGAAGAAAACAGACUCCUGCUGAACCAUCAAACAUCAGGACUUCACAGUCUCUGGAAUAUGAUGCUUCACAUUUUGAGUUUUAUCAUAUAAACCAUGUUUAGAUUUUAGGAGAUGGGACGGGACUCUUCUACCAGCAGUGUCUUUGAAUGAUGCUGUUUAUCUUCAAUUAAGGUUGAAGUAACUUUUUGUUUAUACUACUUUCCUCUAAAUCAGACUUAGAAAGAAGCUGAAUGAUGAUUGUCUUUUCCUUUUUCAUGUUUUACAGAAACAAAAAUAAAAUACAUGUCAUACAAAACAAA